CUCUUCUCUUCUUUUCUAUUUUAUCACACUAUGGCUACUUCUCUCCCAGAGUUUUCUCUUCAAGGCAAAAUCGCUGUCAUCACUGGUGGUGCUCGUGGUAUUGGUUUGGAGAUGAGCAAGGCUCUUGCUGAAGCUGGUGCCGACGUCGCUAUGAUGUACGUCUCCAAUGACUCUACCCAUGACACAGCGGCCGCUAUUGGCAAGCAGUUUAACAAGACCGUCAAAGCAUACAAAUGUGAACUGACCAACGUCGACCAAGUCCGUGAAGUCAUUGACAAGAUCCACGCCGAUUUUGGUAGAAUAGAUGUCUUUGUUGCCAACGCUGGCGUUUCUGAAGGUGGUGCGGCAGAGGACUUGGAUAUCAACGUUUGGCACCGUGUCAUGGAUGUUAAUGUCAACGGAUGCUUCUACACUAUUCAAGCUGUUGCCAGACACAUGCUCAAGCAACCCAACGGUGGAUCUAUCAUCACUUUAUCCUCCAUCUCCGCAUCCAUCGUCAACCGUCCUCAAUUCCAGGUUGUCUACAAUACCUCCAAGGCUGCUGUUGGCAUGAUGACCAAGUGUCUGGCUGCUGAAUGGGCAACACGUAAGAUCCGCGUCAACGCCAUUAGUCCUGGAUACAUGAUGACUGAUAUGGUCAAGAAGUACAUUGAUAACAACAAGGCACUUGGCGAAGCUUGGGCCGAGCAUACUCCCAUGAAGCGCAUUGGAGAUCCCAAGGAACUCCGUGGUGCCGUUGUCUUCUUGGCUUCCGACGCUGCCUCCUACAUGACUGGUUCUGAAAUCGUCGUUGACGGUGGUUAUCUAGUUUAUUAGAUUGAAAUACCAACCUCAACCACUCCUUUGUAAAUAAAAUCAAUUCUAAAUGAGUAACCUGUGCUGCUUGGCAUGUGAUUGUGACUUCGCAAUCGAUGUCCAGCCGAUAUAAUUGCAGUGCUUGUGCCCC